AUGGUUGCUUCGCUUACUUCUCUUGGAUCCGACCUUUUCGAUAAUCUCGGCAUCAACCCUUUCAUAAUAUCCUUGUCGAGGGCUCUUGUGGACCGCCAAAAGCCGAAGGACUCCAUUGAAUUAAUGGAACUUGAUGAAUUCGACUCACAAACCAGCAACCGCAUCUCGAACGGAGAGAUACCAGAUCUUCCAAGAGACGAACUUCUUGCAACUCUGGGUGUCAACGCUACACGUACCACAAUAUCGGCUACUUUGUUCCUGCUUGCCUCUGCAAUUGAGGAUGAAGAUGAUUUACUGGAUCAUGAAUCAUCAAAUUCUCGGAUUCCUAGAGCCUUCCAACGCCACAUAGUCGCUUUACCUGCAAGCGAGCGCAUGAUGUGCAAACAAUUGAUCUCGGAUAUCCUGGCUUCUCAGUUACUGCUGACUGCCGAGGAUGGCGAGGCACUUCUGCAAGUCGCGGCCGACGAGUUCUUAGACCUCUAUGAAUAUGAACGCUGCGAAGUUGCCAUUGGGUUCUGCGUGGAACUAAUGAGAGGCACUGUGAUGGCUUGGACAGAUCACGAGUCAAAGGCAUACGGCCUUGGAGCUGAUGUAUACGAGUGGUUUACCAAGAAGGCGCUGAAGGCGGGAAGUGUAUCGCCUGCGGUGCAAAUCAAGGUGGCAGACCUUUUCCAAAAGCUCUUACAGGUCCAACCGGACUAUGCCCAGAGCCUGAGCCUGCCGUCAGUGCGAACCAGCUUGUUUUCAAUGCUUCAAAAUGCGAGCAUACCCGUCAAGUUCCAUAUCAUCAAUUUCCUGCCAGAAAUAUUCGAAUAUUUCGUCUUGGGCAAACACGACGCAAUAUUCGAGGACGUUUACGAAAGCCUUCCCAAAAACGAGAGUUUAGAAGGAAUGGCGUUGCGGCUUCUGGCAUUCGGCCGCCUGGGGGCAGCCUGGCACACGUUGUUACGACGAAGCGUCUACCACAUAUUCGAGGCUGCUGGUCUUGUGAAAGAAUCGGUCAGUCAUGCUGCCCGUUGCAUCCAGAUGAUUUCGGACUCGUUGAAUCUUGAGAGUCCAAAAUCCGUCUUCGAGCUUUUUGCGCCUCAGGUGCUAUACACGUGGAUGGGCAACAAUCAAGAGAACACGCAAAGGCUCGAGGAUAUUCCAUACUCCAUUUUCGGCUAUGAGAGCUUAGCCUCCCUCUUGGAGGAUUCGCAAGUCGAGGUGUACGGCCAGCUGGCCAUGCGUAACAAUGAAGAGGAGGUGCCGGUUGUCCUAGAGGCUCUCAAGAUUUCUCAAAAAGAACUAGCCGAGCGGAGUUUCUCCAAGGCCGCCGGCUAUGCGAUUGCUUGGGAUCAAUGUCGCGCUCGCGGAUCUCAACGCGAGAAUGCUACGCAGAGCAACGAAAAAGCACUCCGAGUGGUUUUGGGCGACGAUACCUACAGAAAUCUCGUGAAGCAGCAAUUUCCCUGCGUCUUAGCCGUGCUCAUUUCGACCAUGGAAGACGUAGAUUUGAUUGGGAAGUCGAUUCACAAAUAUCCCGAAUUCCAAAGGGUAGAAGAUGCCACGAAUGAGAUGCGAAGUAUCAGCUCUUCCAGCAUCUCAUUACCCGGCGAUCAACAGCCACUUUUCCAAGCCAAGCAUAUCUUCGAUGAAAUCAAGCGCCUAUGCCGCCGUACUGGGUACGACCACGCAAGCUUUUGGACUCCCGAUUGUUUUGUGUAUGUCAUGCGCUAUCUUCUCGAUAAGAUACACCCAGCACUCGGCUCUCUUCAUGCUUGUUCUAUGAUUAGGAAGAUCCGGUUUCUUGUGGCCCUUGCUGGCCCAAUUUCGUUUGAGACCUACCCUCUCCAGAUGACGCUGGGCUCACUCAGGCCAUUCCUGACGGAUGCUCAGUGUGCAGAAGACACGCUCGGGAUCGUGCGCUAUUUGCUCCAACACGGAAAACACCAUCUUAUGGAUCAACUUUCGUUCGUGGCCGGUAACUCGAUAUCCAUUCUAAUUUCCCUUCGGAUGGUUUUCUCUUCUUCCCAAGACAGCACCACGCAGGAGAGCCAGCAUCUUGCGACUGUGCAGAAAGCACAAGACUUCGACAAAUGGUUUUGCGACUACCUCGAAUCCUACGUGCAAGAACUUCUACAAUCAACAACAAGCAGAAGCACCAAAGCGUCUUUGGAGCUUUUCCGGUCCAUGAUCCAUGCUGCGAGGGACAUCCGCACGAUGGGUAAUGCGACGAAGAACACCCCAGAGAGCAAGCUGCUUAAGUCCUUGCUGGAAGACGAAUCAAGUGAAAAGAGGUUGCUGAACGGUCCUUCACAGGACUUGGCUUACAGCUUGCUCUGCCGCGAGUUUCAACUCCCGACGUCCUUCCGGGAAGAUUUUCUUGGAGACAUUGACCAAGCUGCUCGAUUUGCCACGCAGGUUUGGAAGUCGAGCCAAAGAUCGAACAACAGCAAGCAGUAUCUCUUGUGGGCAGCACGAGUUCUUGGAAGAAGCUACAGCGCCACUGGAGUGGUUCAGGAAAGUCUGCGUAAGACGAUUCGCGAGAAAAACGGGGCAAACUUACGAGGUCGGAAAUCCAGAACCUCACGCAUGCUUAUUGUUGAAAACCUUGCAGCGCUUUUGCAAGGUGACAAUCCGCGCAAAGCAGGCCUUGCCGAGCGAACUCUAAGAGAGAUUCUAUCUGAAAACGACAACAAGAAGCCUGCGUAUGUCGAACAGGCUGAGGAGAUCAAACAGGUGCUUCCUCCUGCUCUUGUGGCGGGAUUGACAAUGAAUGAUGCCUUUAGGAUACCCCUCCUUCAGCCAACUUUCAGCCAAAGUGUCGAGGCGACCGCGUUCCCUCAAAGCCACAAGAAGAUAUCCAAUUGGAUCUCCGACCUGUGCAUCUCUCUGGCAAAAUCUACUCCCCAUGAUAGAGUCGUUUGUGCCUUGCCAAAGUGUCUUUCGGAGAUCCCGUCUCUAAGCGAAGAACUUUUCCCUUACAUCCUUCACCUGGCACUGGAGCGAGAUGCCAGCAGUGGUGAGACGAUCAAGGAUACCAUAUCGGAAGCUUACCGAAGGUGGUUUGAGCAAGAGAAGGAUGAAGAUGCGCCUUACCUGAAAGUUCUGCUCCGCUCAGUCUUGUACCUCCGGACACAGCAGAUUCCAAGCGAGAAGAACAUUUCGGACCGCGUGCGCUGGUUGGACAUCGACUAUCUCAGCGCAUCUGGGGCAGCCGCCAGAUGCGGCAUGUACCGAGCAGCUCUUCUACUUGCAGAAACUCAUGCGUCGCAACCAGCCAAAGCGUCACGACGUUCCUCUACCGUCCCGCAACACCAAUCGAUUCCUCUGGAUCUUCAGCUGUCAAUUUAUACAAACCUUGAUGAGCCGGACUCCUACUAUGGAGCGGAACAAGAACCGAGCCUGACGUCGGUCUUAAACCGUCUUGACUACGAGUCUGAUGGAUUCAAGGGGCUUCUUUUCCACGGUGCAAAGAUGGACAGCGAGAUGCGCCGUAAUAAGACAGUUUCCCCAUCUGACUCAACCAGCGUCGUCAGAGACCUCACAAUGCUGAAUCUCAAUAGUUUGACUCACGCCAUUUCGUCAAACGAGGAUCUUCGCAAUAAUGGAGACAACCUUAAACAUACGCUUGAAGUUGCUCAGAAGCUAGAGCAAUGGGACAUUAAGGCACCUUCCUCUCAGAAAUGCGACGCAGCGGCGGUCUACAAGGUGUUCCAGGGUAUGAGCAUGUCUACAGACUUGGCUUCCGUGCGCAAGAACUUGGACCAGAGUUUCUUGGAGACAAUUGAAGCUUGCAUUGAACCGAACGCCUCCACCAGAACACUGCAAUCUUCCCUCCGCUCGUUUGCUGUGCUCAACGAAAUCGAUGAAAUCAUGACCGCUAAAGAUUCCGAAGAGCUGAAAGAAACCUGGCGGACGAUCAAGGAGCGUACGGGUUGGAUGAAAGAAGCGCGCAUGGAUGAUAUCCGGCCGAUUCUCUCUGCACGUGAAACGCUUUGGAGUAUGCUGAGCAAGUCUCCGAGCUUGCAAGGGAUCAUAAAUACAGGGCCAAGGCAACUCCGCGAACGUGAAGCGGAUGCGUUGAUCAACGGCUCAGAGGUCUACCGAAAGCAUGGCGCUCUGCAAGAGCUUCUUGCAAGUGCCACUUAUCUUGCAGACAUUGUUCCGAACUGUCGCGAGGUCGGAUACGAAAUUGGCAAUGGUGCCAAGUACCAAGUUGCUAGGGUUCUUUGGGACCAGGGUGAGAAGAACACAUCUAUCAGGAUGUUACAACAAUUGGAGGAGCAGACCAAGAACAAGAAAGAUCCAACCGUUGCCCGAACCAUAUUGCUGACAAAGUUGGGCCAAUACACUGCGGAGGCUCGUCUUAAGAAGCCCGAAGAAGUCAUGAAGCAGUACAUGGAGCCAGCUAUCCGGGAGCUCAGGAACAACACCACGGGUCAAAUCGCUGGCCAGGCUUAUCACGCGUUUGCGAGCUUCUGCGACCAGCAACUUCAAAGUCCGGAACUGCUCGAAGACCAAAACCGGAUGAGGCUAUUGGCCGAGAGAAAAGAAGCUGAUGCUUUAGAACAGCAAGCGAGGAGAGCGCGGAAGUGGUUCACCAUGGACAUGCAGGAAGCCCAAAAAUUGGGAGACAGCCGGGUUGCAUUCCUCCGGCAGAGUCUGGAGAACUAUCUACUGACAUUGCAGGCCUGCAACGACUACGAUAAUGACGUCUUCCGGAUGUUUUCUCUCUGGCUUGAGUACUCGCACCUUCCACUAGCCAACAACGCUGUGUCCAAGUACAUUCAGCCUGUUCCGAGCAGCAAGUUCGUUGUCCUCAUGAACCAACUUUCAUCUCGCCUCCUGGACCAAAGUACAGAUUUCCAGAAUAUCCUGUCCUCGUUGGUUUUCAGGAUUUGCAAGGACCAUCCAUACCAUGGCAUGAACCAUAUCUACGCUGGCUCCUACAGUGAGAGAAAUAUGAAAGACGAGACCGUCAAGUCCCGUUACGCGGCUACGAAGAAUAUCGGCAGGCAGCUGAAGAACGACAAAGCCAGUCACGAGAUGUGGGAGCGUAUCAGCAAAUCAAACACUAUCUAUAACGACUUGGCAAUGUUUGUCGACACCACCAUGUUCAAGAUGGGAAGGGACUACGAACUGCAAAGAUAUCCCAUCUCCAAAAAGCUUGUCACUGCGAUCCCGGGUCUCAAAGUCCCACCAAUCACCAUGCAUAUCACUGUACAGAGCAGCGCAAAUUACCGAGACGUUCCAAAGAUCCAUAGGUUCAAAUCUACAAUGGGAAUUGCCAAUGGACUCAGCCAGCCAAAGGUUGUCACAGCAAUCGCCGACAACGGCCAACCGUACAAGCAGCUGUACAAAUCUGGCAACGAUGACCUGAGACAAGACGCAAUCAUGGAGCAGGUCUUCGAGCACGUCAGCCAGCUCUUGCGAAACCACAUGGCGACUCGCUUGCGAAACCUCAACAUCAGGACUUACAAGGUCGUGCCGCUCACCCACCGGUCCGGUGUGAUCGAGUUUGUCCAGAACACAAUGCCGCUCAUGAACUACCUCGACAGCGCGCACCAAACCUACUAUCCAAAAGACUGGAGCCAGAGCCAGUGCCGCACCAAGAUCGCCAACAUCUCCGCGCACUCGCAUGAGGAGCGGCUGAAGGUGUACAAGGAGGUGUGCCGCAACUUCAACCCGGUGCUGCGCUACUUCUUCCUGGAGCGCUUCGAGGACCCGGACGACUGGUUCGAGAAGCGGCUGGCGUACACGCGCAGCACGGCGGCAAUCAGCAUCCUGGGCCACGUGCUGGGGCUGGGCGACCGCCACUGCCACAACAUCCUGCUGGACCAGCAGUCGGGCGAGGCCGUCCACAUCGACCUCGGCGUCGCCUUCGAGGCCGGCCGCGUGCUGCCCGUGCCAGAGGUCGUGCCCUUCCGCCUCACGCGCGACCUCGUCGACGCCAUGGGCUACCCGGGCAUCGAGGGCGUCUUCCGCCGCUGCUGCGAGUUCACCCUCGACACGCUGCGCGACGAGCGCGACUCCAUCAUGACCAUCCUCAACGUCCUGCGCUACGAUCCGCUCUACUCGUGGAGCGUCUCCCCGCUCAAGGCUAAGAAGAUGCAGGAAGAGGCGCAGAAGGAGGCUGAGGGCAAGACUGAGAACAACGGCGGCGGCGGUGCUGCCGCUUCGGACGAUCCGAGCGGUGCGGGGGGUGCGGAUGAACAGAGGUUCUUGUUGGAAAUUCCGACGAAGAAGAAGGAGGAUGAGGAGGUGCAGGGUGAAGCUGGCCGCGCGCUGAGCGUCGUGGAGAGGAAGUUGAGCAAGGCAUUGAGCAGCGCUGCGGCCGUGGCGGAGUUGAUUCAGCAGGCGACGGAUGAGCGGAACUUGGCCGUAUUGUACGCGGGCUGGAGUGCAUGGUGUUGA